AUGCAACGAUUGCGACACAUUUCAAAGAUUAUGGAUUUCUUACUGAAUAAGAUCCGAUCCGGCGGCGACCCGCUGGCGAUAAUGGUCUUGUUCUACGUGAUCAACGACUGCAACGGCAAAAAGAAGGCGGCAAAAAUGGCCGAGAAGAAAAAGGCCAAGCAGCCUUCGGGCACCACCGCCAUGCCGAUGCCGGUCAAGAAGUCCGCCUCCGAGGACAACCCGUUCAACUACGACGCGCAGCAACUCAACGCGAUGACCAAGAGCCUGCACAACGCGCUGGAAAAGCAGAAGCGCCCGCCCUCGAUGGAUCUGGAGCUGAGAGAAAAGAUCUCCGCCCUCCCCUCCUACCUGGCCAACCCCGGGGAGCUGAACUUUAUCAAGACGGCCGAGGAGAAGAAUCGAGUCCUCGCUGAAAUUGCCGAGAGCGCCCCACUAGUCAAUGGAUAUUGUCAAGACCUCGACCGCGAGAUCACGAAUCGGCGAAAGACGGUCGAUCUACUGGGCGAGUACUUGAUCAUGCUGCGCAACGUGGCGAAUCGCGAGAACGAGCAGAUACAGUGGCUGAAGCGUAAGAAGGGCGAGGUGGAGAGCGACCAGAAGGAGCUCGAACUGGCCCUGGAACGACUUCCCGACCAGGCCCUCGAAACGGAGGCCAUCACCGAGCUGCCCAACUUUGAGAACCUGUUCAACUUUGGGAAGCCGAUGUUUGGCAGCCAA